AUGAUCGACAGAUUCCAUGAAGAAAUAGUACAAAUUAAGAAGAGGAUGCUCUUAUCCUGGCACCUAAUAUCUCCGAGCUUGAUUAUAUUGUGGUUAUGUUCAAUCGAAUCCUUGUGCCCUGAAUAUUGUCUCUGCAAACAAUCCGAGAAAGGCCAAAGAAAAGUUUCCUGCAUACGCGGUGGAAUGCGAGAUCCUAUCCCAAUAACGGACAUCGAUCCAGGCAUGGAGGUUCUGGAAAUAUCAGCUCCAAACGAUAAUUUCAACGUACUAUCCAUCGGUCCGAUUUUUCAACAAUUCAAACGGUUGGAGGAAAUUAUAAUAAGGAGAUCGAAUAUUCAACAAAUAGGACUACAUCCUUUCUGGGGUGUGCCGACUAUUCGAAUUUUAGAUUUAAGCUGUAAUAAUAUAAGUUCUGUGUUCGAUCAUAAUUUUCGGGGUCUAGUGAAUUUGGUGGAACUGCAUUUAGAUAAUAAUCGAAUUGAACGAUUGCCGGUCGGUGCGUUUAAACAUCUGACGGAAUUGAGGAUGUUGACGUUACGGAAUAAUUUAAUUAGUGAUCUAGAACCAAGGAUAUUUUUAAAAUUGGUGAAACUGCACGUACUAAAACUUAGUGGGAAUAAAUUCGAGGAGGAACUGAAUCCAGAAGUGUUCAAAGAUGUUCCGGAUCUUCGGGUUUUAGAACUGAGAGGCUGCGGCCUGAAAAGAAUCAACGCACAACUCUACCAUUUGCUGCCUUAUCUUUCUCAUUUGGAUCUGGGAUACAACCAGAUACAAUUCCUCUCCGAAGACGAGUUCCACGAACUUCAUCGUCUGCAUAUCCUGAAAUUAGACGGGAAUUUAUUACCCGUUAUUUUAGAGAAGACUUUCGUCAACCAACAACAACUGAGAUAUCUGUGCUUAGCUAAAAAUCGUUUAGCUAAAAUAACGGAUACCGCCUUUUUGAAUUUGACUAAUUUAAUUGAAUUAGACAUUAGUUACAACAAAAUGAGCAAAUUGGAAACGUUCGCUUUGACUCACGUCGCUGAUACUUUGCAAAGGCUUGUGAUUAGCGGAAAUAAAUUUACAUUAGCUUUAAUUAAAUUAAUUUUACAGACGUUGUACAAGGUGUGGCAUCUCGAGAUGGCGCACAUGAAACUAUCGGAAAUACCUGAUCGAUUUCUACCAGAUAGAAUAAAAAAAUUGAAUAUAUCAUGGAAUAAUAUCACGAGUAUGAAUAUACAGGCGCUUCCUAGACAAAUUCUCGAAUUGGAUCUAUCUUUUAAUCGUAUCAAAGGUUUGAAUGAUAGCACGGUGAUAAAAUUAGAAACAUUAAAAUACGUUAAUUUCACAGGUAAUCCUUGGUCUUGUGAUUUGUGUCACAUAACCUCAAUAUUGUUCCGUGUAAAUAGAACGAAUAUGUUUAGAAAUUCAAUAUGUGCCUCGCCACCUAAACUAAUUGGUAAAAAACUUGUAAAUUUGCGUUUCGAAGACGUGACCACUUGCGAAGCUGAUAACGGUUCUAGUGAUAAAAUGCCGACGCACAAAUUGAGCCUUCUCAUCGGUCUGAUUUGUAUCAUUGUGUUCGCUAUUUUCUCGAUAAUAUUCGUUGUGUGUUCGUGCGUUAGAAGACACUCUCAAAAUUUGGCGAGGCAACGCAAGCGCGCCGAAAGACCAGAAAAUAAUAUCGAAGACUCUACGGCGGCGGUUUUUUGUAAAGGCGAAAUUAGUUUCAAAUUCCCGUUGGAUUUGACGGAAAGGAAAAUGUCAGUGUCAACUAUCGACGAGAUCAAGAGGGAUUCUCAACAGAGUUUACCGAAUGGUACAGCUACCGGAAUCUGA